AUGAAACACGCCAAAAUGUUGACUGGCGUCGUUUUGAUGGCAGCUGCUGCGGCAGAAGACUUGACCCAACAUGUGGAUGUGUUUAUGGGAACAGAAAAUGGUGGAAAUGACUUUCCUGGCGCAGUACGACCCUUUGGUAUGGUCAAGCUAGGGCCUGAUCUAUACCUCUCCGGUACGGACGCAUACUCCGGUUAUCUCCCCGAUGGCAAUUUCUCCGGGUUCAGUAUGAUGCAUGAGCAAGGAACCGGUGGAGCACCGAAAUAUGGGACAGUCUCGCAAUUACCAUUAAUUGGUAACAUCACUGACCCUUUAUCGAAUAUCACUGUAUCCCGCAGUGGCACCGAUACUGGCUCGGUGGGAUACUAUAAGGCUGAGACGGGAGAUGGGGUUGAGGUUGAGCUGAGUGCUUCAAAGAGAGCAGGUAUCUAUCGGUAUAACUUUCCCUCUGGAUCCACGGGUAAUGUACUCGUUGAUGUUUCACAUGUCUUGCCUUCGUCCCGUGGGCAGGGUCUCAGUCAACAUUAUCGAGGUGGAAAUAUUACUGUCUUCAGUGAUGGCCAUUAUGAAGGAGCUGGUAUAUAUGACAAUGGAUGGAAUGAGGCACCAGAUUGGACUAUUUACUUCUGUGGAUAUUUUGAUUCUACUGCCACAAGCAACAAGACAUACACAGCAACGGGUGCAGAUACGAGCGUUGAGCAAGACAAUGGUUUUGCGUCAUCUUCUUCAAACUACACGCGCAUUGGGGCGCUCUUUUCCUUCAGUGACAGUGAGGUUAUCUCCCGAGUGGGAAUCUCCUGGAUCUCUCCAGAGAAAGCCUGCAACAACGUCAAAUCCGAGAUUCCAGAAGACACAGAAUUUGAGUCAGUUGUCGACGAUGCAGUCGAUGAAUGGAACACCGAAGUUCUGUCAAAGAUCACUACAACCAACACCAACGAGACCAGCCUCACUUUGCUGUAUACCUCUCUUUACUUCAUGCAUCUGAUCCCCACCAACCAGACUGGAGAGAACCCAUACUGGUCAUCAUCUGAACCCUACUACCAGGACAUCUUCACAUUCUGGGACCUCUUCCGCUGCUCCACUGCCUUAAUGCAAGUCCUUCAGCCAACCUCAUACGAGGAACAAAUCCGCUCCUUAAUCGACAUUUGGCGAAACGUCGGCUACAUGCCUGACGCCCGAAGUUCAAACUACAAUGGCCGAAGCCAAGGCGGAUCCAACGCAGACAACGUCCUCGCCGACGCCUACGUGAAGGGUGUGCGCGGCUCCGUAAACUGGGAAGACGGAUACAAAGCCAUGGUAAAGGACGCCGAGGUAACACCCGUGAACUAUCCAAUUGACUGGAUGGCACCCGACUCCUCAACGCACGAUGGACGCAGUGCGCUUCCGGACUGGUUGGAAUAUGGAUACAUUACACCAAACUUUAGUCGGGCGGUUAGUCGUGCGGUUGAGUACGCCUAUAACGAUUUUGGACUCUACCAAGUUGCUUCGGGACUUGGGAAGACAGAUGAUGCAGAGAAGUAUUUGAAUCGGUCGCGGAAUUGGCGCAAUCAUUGGAAUCCUGAAGUCACUUCAUUGGGAUACUCUGGUUUCGUGGUUCCGCGUAAUACGACCGGGUUUGUUGAAACGGAUCCCUUGACUGAUAGUGGGUACUGGGGUGACCCUUACUAUGAGGCUAGUUCUUGGGCAUACUCUUUUGCGGAUGUGCAUGAUAUGGGUCAUAUGAUUGAGUUGAUGGGUGGGAAUGAGACUGUUGUCUCGCGACUGGAUACUAUGUUUACUGAAGGAGCCAGUGGGUCGAGUGGGACUAUUUUUGACCCGACCAACGAACCGAUGUUCAAUCUUCCCUAUUUGUACAACUUUGUUGGUCGACAGGACCUGGCGGUCUCGCGAUCUCGAAAGGUUGCCAAAGAGGACUAUACCACUGGUGUCUCUGGUCUACCGGGUAACAGUGAUGCAGGAGCCAUGCAGACCUGGUUACUUUGGAACAUGAUCGGUCUGUAUCCGAUCACUGGUCAGACGACAUUCCUGAUUCACUCACCCUGGUUUGAGUCGAUGACUAUUGAUCUGGGUGGUAAUAAGACACUCCAGAUCACCUCAACAGGUGGAGAUGGCAAUGGUGACAGCGACAUCUAUGUUCAGAGUCUCAAGGUCAAUGGCCAGGCCUGGACGAAUAACUGGUUGACCUGGGAUGAUAUCUUUGCAGAGGGAGGUACGUUGGAGUUUGAACUCGGAGCAACUGCAGUGAAUUGGACGACUGGUGCAUUGCCGCCGAGUCCUGCAUCUUAG